AUGACUUCUCAACAUGAAAUUUCAACAGUUUCUUCUCCACCUCUUGAAACGUACAAGGAUUUCAAACUCAUAGAUUCCUUUCAAUUCUUUAAUUAUGGAGCAGUGUACAAGUAUCGGUCCACUCGAACUGGCUUGUACAUUACUCUCGCCAAAAUAAGCUCACCCAUCAUGAAGGCUUACAUGACACUACGAACAAGACCAUCGGACCAUGAUGGUAUUCCUCACGUAUUGGAGCAUAUGGUGUUUUUAGGCUCACAAGAUUAUCCUUUCAAAGGAUUGUUGGACAAGGUGGCUAAUCGUUGUUUCGCUCAGGGAACCAAUGCUUUCACUCAGAGUACAAAUACUACGUUUGAAUUGACUACUGCUGGAACAGAGGGAUUCUAUCGGUUAUUGCCCGUGUAUUUGGAUCACAUCUUGUAUCCUUCUUUGACAGAUUCUGGAUUUUUGACUGAAAUUCAUCACAUUGAUGGAAAUGGUCAAGAUUCUGGAGUUGUGUACAAUGAAAUGCUAGGAAGAGAGAAUUCUCCUGAUGAAUUAAUUUACAAUUUGUUCAAUGAAGUGAUGUAUGAUGGCAGUGAAGGUUAUCAAUAUAAUUACGGAGGAAAAGUUGCCAAUUUACGUGAAUUGACAGUCGAAAAAGUUCGAAAAUUUCACCACGAGUAUUAUUCACCCAAAAAUUUCAACAUCAUUGUCGUUGGUAACACAACACCAGAAGAACUAAUUGAUGCUGUGCAACCAAUGGAACAAAAAAUUCUUUCCCUUACAAAAAUCGAGGAUCCAAUGUCAGAAUUCACAGUGUGGAAAACUCCUCUGCCUCCACUCACACAAUCAGUUACAAAAGAAAUUGUCUAUCCCUCUGAUGAUGAAACAUCUGGACAUCAUGUGGUUAUCGGAUGGAGGGCAGCUCCAUGGAAAGACCUGUUGACAUCCUAUGCAUUGGAUACUUUGUGGAAUUGCUUGACAGUUGGUGAUAUUGCUCCACUUCGAAAAGAAUUGGUUGAAAAUGAAAGUGGUGAUAUUUGUUGUGCCGAUUUGUACUGUGGAGUGGAGAAGAGUUUUGAUAAUAUUCAUCGGGUGUGGUUCCUCAAUGUAGAGGCUGAUAAGGUUAAACUCAUCGUCGACAAAUUUUUCGAUUUCAUGAGAAAUAUCAAAAUUGAUUUGGAUUAUUUAAGACUUGUUAUUAAUCGAGAUAAGCUUGACGUUCUUCGUCAAUUCGAAACAAACCCACAUGAAACCUUCUCACAUGAUUUAAUCGAAGAUUUUCUGUAUAGUACCAGCAAUGAGGAUUGUAGAAAUCUUCUCGAUGCUUCGAAACAUGCCUCCAUUCUGUUACAGAAAGAUGAACAAUAUUGGAAAGAUCUGAUUGAAACAUACAUACUCAAGCCACCAUUUGUAGCAUUGUAUGCAUCUCCAUCUUCGGAGAGAGUACGAGAGCUUUCAGAAGAAAACAUGCAACGACUCGAACAACAAAAGAAAGCGUUGGGCGAGCAGAAACUCAAAGAACUUGAGGAACGUCUUGCCAAAGCAGAAUUAGACAAUGCGAGGUCGCUCGAUCAAAAAACUCUCGAGGAACAAUUUCCAAUUCCAUCUUUGGCGAAAAUUGAAGAAAUUCAUGUCGCCACCUACAGAAACGACAACAACCCAAACUUUAGCAAGACUGAAUACGACAAAAAGUUGGAACAAUUACUUGAAAAUCACACAAUACCAUUACCAUUUUUCUUCCAAUUGUCUUCCAUACCGUCUCAAUUUGUGGACUUGUUUUGCAUGAUGGAUUCCUCUAACAUUCCACUCGAACUCAAAAUGUACAUUCCUCUCUUUUUGGCUGUGAACUUUUCAUGUGACUUGAAAUACGACGAUCAAUAUGUGAAAAAAGACCAAGUUAUCAUGUCAUUGAUGCGAGAGUCAGUGUCGUACAGUUAUGGUUGUGGCUAUCAAGACCAUCAAGAAUCAAGUCGAAAUUUCCAUGCCUCCUUAUUCGCAGAAUUAUUGCAGUUUCGACUUACUUUUGAGAUUGACAAGUAUCAUCGCUUAGCCGAAUGGACAAAACAUUUCCUCCAUGAUACCAUUUAUACUCCAGAAAUUAUUGAAACCAAGAUUCAAGUACUUCUCAGCGAAAUACCAUUAUCUAAGGUAUCACCAGAGGCAGUCAUGAGUCAAGGCUUGAAACACAUGUUGGUGCAACCUCAAUCGAACCACAAUGUCACAAGCUUUUUGCUUCAAGAAAAGUUUUUGAAUGAAACUUUGGCCAAACUGAAAACACAUCCAGAAACCGUCAUUGACGAUUUGAAUCGUCUCAGAAAUAUUCUGAACAAGCCAGAGAAUAUUCGAAUUCAUGUGGUUUUAGAUGUCAAUUAUUUCGGACCCAAUAACUAUAAGGAUAUCAUGUCCACAUGGGCUUCCGUGUUUAAUCCAAAGAAUAAUGAUGAAUCUUUAAAGCUUGAGCCAUACCAUAGACUAUGUAAAUGGACAAAUGAAUUAACAAACAUGUCAGAAGGAAGAGGAAUUUUACUUGGAAUGGGAAGUGCGGACUCUGGCAAUCUCAUUAAAACUCACAGGGGAAUUACGAACUAUGAGUUGUAUCAUGACAGACACGCAUUGAGCGUUGCCAUUAAUUUCCUCACUAUGGAAGAAGGUCCGUUCUGGGUUAAGCUUAGAGGCAAAGGAUUGUGCUAUGGUUCAUCCAUUUCGUCGAAUGUUGAAAAGGGAACUGUUUCGUUGUACCUCUCACGUGUGAGUAACAUUUCAAAAACAUUUGCUGAAUGCAAGGCGAUUUUGGAAGCAGUUUGCUCGGAUGAUGAGUCGAAAGAAAGCGUGUUUGUAUUGAAUGAAAAUGUGCUGAAUUCUGCAAGAGCUACAGUGAUUGUGGACAAAUUGCAUGGCGCGGAGACAAUUAUUUCUGCGUGCCAAGUGCGAUUCUUGUCGAACACCUUAUUUGGAGGAUCGAAGAAUUUUUAUGAUAGUUUGCAAGACAUUGGAAAGGUCACUGUGGAAGAUGUGAAAAUAGCAAUUAAGAAAUACAUUCUACCACUGUUCAGAGACAAGGAAGGAACUCUGUUCAUUUGUGACAAUAUUGCCCAAGUGAAACAAGAGGAAUAUCCUCUAAGAGAUGCUUUGCAAAAAAUAGGUUAUCUCACUACCUACCAUUCUUUGAAGGAAUAUUUAGCAGCAGAAUUGGGCAUUACCACAUCGUAUUCUAAUGAAAUGUCCAUAGGAGAUGAUGUAGAAGGGAGCGACGAGGAAGAUGAUGAAGAAAUGGAAGAUGAGGAGCAAUAG